UUGUACUUGGGAAAUUAUUGAGAAUAGAUAACAAAUUCUUAGCCCAGCCCUCACAGUUUGCAAUAAAAAGGCCUAGUCUGACACAUUGAUCCCUACCACACUGAAGGCAGAGAUUGUUAAAUCAUUGGUGAGAUCUUUCAUCGUUGUAUUCUAACCCGUGAAACAUCUUUGAUCUUGCAGCUUAAAUCAAUUAUUCGCUUUUGAUAAUUUCUUCAGUAAAAUUGAGACUUGAAAAAUAAAACACUCAUCAAUCAUGUCAUCUGAUACAGCUGUAGUUCCAUCCAACCAUCAAAUGGACAGCCCAGAUUUCAUUAGAUACCUGCUGCCUGCUGCAGAGAAGACAGCCCUGCUGUACAACAUCUCCUACCUGUGCCUCCCCUCUCUGGAGAGAAUCAUCAGAGCCAAUGCUGUUGAGACCCAAAUGCUGUUCUCCUCCUCUGAGGCUCUGCUGCUGCUGUGUGUUAGCACCAGUGACAACAUGGUCAAGACAUUAUUCCCUAUGCUGAAGGCUGCUGUGACGAAAAAUAAUCCGUUGGUUGCCGUCAAAUUCCUGGCGAAGGCCAAUCAGUGGAUCCAUGAUAUCAUCAAAGAAGUUUAAAAAAUAGUAGAUGACUACAAGAAACUCAACAUUGGGGUGGCGACUGUCACCAGCGAUGUUAUUUCCACUAAAGAAGAAACAGAGGACAAGAAGAGAAAGCUGACCAAUGAAGAGAAGAACCUGCAGAAUGUUGUUAAAGAAUACAAUAUGAAGCUAAGUGGCAUCCAGUCAUCUCUGAAUGAGGUCAAUAGAAAGAUCACCGAUGCUGAUACGGAGCUGCGUGAGUUGGUUAACGGCAUUGCCAGUAGAAACAAGAAGUUUGGCAUAGUGGCUGCCGUGGUUCCCUUCCUAGGAUUGAUCAUCGAUGCUAUCCAGAAGGGGGUCAAUAACCCUGGAGAUAGUGCAGCCAUUGAGUUGGCCAAGAACAAGAUGAAUCAGCUUCAGCAGGACAAGAMCCGUUUGAGUAAGAACGAGUGGGAGGYCCAAUCGGAGGUGAUGAAAUCCCAGAUGGAGCUGACCAGAGCCAAAUUUGACCUGGGUUCUGUUCCUGAUCCUGUCCAUCUGGCUGAGGUUCAAACCUGCCUGACCCGGAUCCAGAAGAUUCUGCUGCAACUCAGAAGCUUCUGGGAGAAGAUCGGAGUGAUGGUGACCAACCUGCAGCAGAAGACCUUCGCUGGGGAAGACCUGAUUGAUKUUCUCYCAGMUUUURAGGAGGAGUUCUUGGAUUCCUURCAAGUAGCUGAAGAGGCUUGGAAGAUGUUUAGUGGGAGAUGCCAGAGCGUCAUGGGCAUGUUUAGUGUCCAGUCGAAGGAUGCCUACAAGUUCCUGGAGACCAGUCCAUCCUCGCUCACCCAGGAAGAGUGGCAGGAAAUGUAUGAUGCUGUGACAGCCAAACUGCAUUCCUUCUACCCUGCCCUCAAGGCCAAGCAGGCCAUUGAGGACCAGCAGGCUGCAGAAAGUAACUAAUGUUUGCAUCCACUGUCACCAGGUUAACAUUCAAAUAUAUUUUUUUGUUGGUCUUAUAUUGACAUUGGUGACAAGUAGGAUUUGUGGGCAUAAUUAAUAGUUCACAUGCUGUUAUGAGUAACUUUCCAUUAUUUAGUUUUUCAUUGUUGAUUAUUGUGUUGCGCUUUUAUUAGAGCUCAUCAUCUACUAUGCUAACAGUAUAAUACCAAACUGGCUUUUGUUCACCUAUCUUCUUGGAGUAUACUAAUGUUGUUGGUAGCAGGCAGGUUUUAAGGCUUCUGGUCUGUUCAAAGACUUCAAUAGUUUAACUUUGUGCAGAGCUUUCAGGAAUAUGAACUGAUCUAUAUACAUAUGUAUACGCUACAGUAUUCAUAAGUAAUCAUGUAUAAUCACAAUGUGUGUUUUUGGUAUAUCAGUAUGUCAGUUUCAAUAUACUAUCAUGUAUAAUUAGUU